AUGUUAAAUUUCGAUCCAUUAAUGAACGUCUCAGAAAGUUAUGCUUCCCCGCAGCUUUGUAAAUCAAUCGAUCAACUUUCUGAACAACUAAUCACAAUAACUCCUGAAUCGUCUCAUAAUAAUACUACAAUCAACACAUCAUAUUAUAAUCGUACAGGUCAUUUAAUAAGUCCUAUUGGUAAUGAAGAAAUGAUUAACAUCACUACAGCGUCACUUUCAGUGAUAACAACAACAACAACAACAACGUCAUCGUCAAUAUCGACAACUGAAUCAACUUUGGCACCUCUCUCAUCUCAUGUCGCUAUUGAUAAGUUUAAUUCAUCUUGUGAUGAUGUAAUUCAAUGUAUUACAACUACAGUUCCUGUUAAAACAACUUGUUCUACAGUUGUUGAAUUACUUAAUUCAUCUUCUUCUAUACUUACGAACAAAUCUUUUACAACCGGUGUAGCUGUCACAACAAUUCCAAAUACUACCACUUUCUAUUCACCAUGGAGACAUCGUAGUGUUUUAAAUCAAGCUUUAGGUGGAGGAGAUGGUGAUGAUGAUGAUGGAGGAGGAGGAAACAGUUCACCGGAAUGGUCAUCUUUUUCAAUACCCAAUGAUAAUAGAUUGCACGAAAUCAAUAUCAUACAGCAAGGUCAAUUCGAAUACAAUAAUGAUAACAGUGAUAAUAAUUUGUGCAAGAAUGUUGCUGAUCAUAAUAAUAAUAAUAAGGAAGAAUAUGAAUCGAAUACACGAAACAUUCAAGAGAAUUCUGAAAAUGUUCAUAAUUUUCAUAAAUCUAUUCAUAAAACAACAAACUAUUCCGAGUUAGAUCUUCUUGUCAAUAUGUUAGAUCGUGUUGAAAUGAAAGAUGAUACUAUGCAAGAAAAUAAUAAAUCAACAAUUGUAACACAACUUGUUCAAGAUUGUGAUUUGGCUAUGAAUGAAUAUAAAACUCCAAAAAUUCAAUCAUCUAAAUCUGUUAAUUCAUCUUUAACAUUUGAUAAAACAAAAUCUGAUCAUCUAUUGAACAAUAAGAAAUUAGUUGAUACACCACAAAUAUCAAACUUAACAUCAACACCAUUUCUUUUAAAUAAGUCAAUAUGUAUCCCGGAAGAAUUUCAACAAAUUCAUAUAUUAGAUGUCCAUCCAUGCAAUACACCUGAAUGUACUGUCCAUCAUCAUCAUCAUCAUCAUCAUCAUACAGAUAAUAAUACUACACCAUAUACUAAAGAUACUGGUGGUAUAUCUGGAUUUUUAACAAAAGCUGCAAGAUCUGUUUAUUCACGUCUUAUGUCAUCUGGUUCAUCACAGUUAGCAUUGAAAGAUAAUUCAUUAGUAAAUAAGCAACAGAGUAUCGUUGAUUCAUCGAAAUCAUUCAUUGAAUCUUGUUCUGUAAGUAAUAAAGUUGAAUCAAUUAAAAAGGAAUUCAGUAUGGAACAGGAAAAACAUGAAAGAGAAGAAGAACAACAACAACAAUCUUGCUUAAAUGUAACAUCACCAUUUGUCCAAUCUGAACAAAUCUCUCAACAAUUAUUAGAUGAUGAAGAAGCAUGGAAAACAGUCAGUUCCGUACAUGAUCUAAAUGGUUCAAUGGAGAUAUCUAGUAAAAUGGAGAUAACUGGUGACUGUGCUGAUGGUGAUGGUGAUGGUGCAAUAUUGUUAGGAGAUAAAGAAAAUACAGAAUGUGUACAGGUCUAUAAGAUUAUACAUGAUGAUAUUGAUGAUGUUAGCAUGAAAAGUGAAAAUAAUUCAUCAACAUCAAAUAUAUCCCGUUCACCAUUAAAAGAAUUACUUAAUAAUACAAAAGAUGUUAAUACAUCUGAGAACAAUAUUAUUACUAUGAAUGAUUUUGGUAAUCAUCAAUCAUGUCAUGAACAUAAUGAAACUUCUAGUACUACUACUACUACUACUACCAUCACUACUGUUCCUUCGGUAUCUUCUUCGUCGUCCCCUACAAAAUCUAAAUUAUCCAUUUCGAUUAAUAAUAAUAAUAAUAAUAGUGUAAUUGAGAAUCCUGAAGAUAUUGAAAUAACCAAACAAAACUUACGUGAUGAAAUUAUUAAGUUGAAAAAUGAAGCUGAUUUAUGGAAAUCGAUACUUAAAGAUUAUCAAUCUACUCAUAACAAAGCUGAAACAAUUCUAUCAGAAUGUCAAUUAGUAGAAACUACAAAACUGAUACAUUUAAUUGAAGAACGUAAUGAAACAAUGGAUCAAGCUAAACGAAUGCUUGCUGUAUAUAAGGAUAUGAUGCAUCGUGUUGAACGUGCACAAAAUGUAUUACAAUUUGCAAAGAAGAAACAAGAAUCAUUAAAUAUGAAUUUGAAUCAGAUUUAUUCUAAUCAUUUAAUGAUACAAGAGAAAAUAAAUGAUUUAAUUUAUUCUUAUGAACAACAAUUAAAUAAUGUAUUCAUUGAUCAAGAUAAACAAAAUAAUAUUUAUCAAAGAAAAUUAAAUAAAUUAACAUAUGAACGUCGUCAAAUAGAUAUGCAUAUUUUAUCAUUAACGGAAGAAGUGAAACAAAAGGAUCUACAAAAUAAUGAAUUGAAAACAAUCAAAGAUCAAUUAUUAUUAUCACCAAUUCGUUAA